GAGAUGUCUGCCCAGAAGUCACUUUCUAACAGAACAUCUCAGCAACUCACACCUAGUCCUGAUUACACCUGGGAGUAUGAGUACUAUGAGAUCGGACCAGUUUCCUUUGAAGGACUAAAGGCUCAUAAAUAUUCCAUUGUGAUUGGAUUUUGGGUUGGUCUUGCCGUCUUCGUGAUUUUCAUGUUUUUUGUGCUGACCUUGCUGACCAAGACAGGAGCCCCACACCAAGACAAUGCAGAGUCUUUGGAGAAGAGAUUCCGAAUGAACAGCUUUGUUUCAGACUUUGGAAGACCACUGGAGCCAGAUAAGGUGUUCUCUCGCCAGGGGACUGAGGAGUCCAGGUCUUUCUUUCACUGCUACAUCAAUGAAGUGGAACACUUGGACAGGGCCAAGGCUUCUCACCAGACUACAGCCCUCGACAGUGAUGUUCAGCUUCAGGAAACCAUGAGAAAUGGUGGGCAGUCAGAGGAGGAGCUGAACAGGCUCAUGAAGUUCGACAUCCCCAACUUCGUGAACACAGACCAGAACUCUUCCUUUGGGGAGGAUGAUCUUCUAAUUUCAGAACCACCAAUUGUUCUAGAAAAUAAGCCAGUUGCCCAGAUCUCACACAGAGUCCUAGAUUAAGAAACAUGCUCUGCAAAGUGUCCCUCUGAGCAUGUGGCCUUUAUGUUUGUAGGGCAAGAAAUUGCCAUUGUCCAAAACUCAGUGUGAGUGUGAGUGUGUGUGUGUGUGUGUGUGCGUGCAUAUGUACACAUAUGUGUAGUUGUGAGAAGCACAGAGAGACAGAGAGAGAUGGACAGAGAAUGCAGAGCCCUCAGAAGAUUGUUAAGCAGAGGUU